UUAUUAGCACUUGCACCCGUAUUAGCAGUUGAACCCCGAUAGGCUGACCGAGGUUCAAUCGCCAACCUCCGUUCACUCUUCCUCCAUGGCCACAAUCAACUUCUCUCCACUUCGCACUACCCCCUCUCUCUGCUCACGUUCUUCUCGCUCUCCCCAAAACGCCCCUAAACUUUCACUCUAUUCACACCCCAGACCCUCCCGCACUUUCCCUUCCAUUUCUUUGAAAUCCAACAGCACAGCUAAACCUCGCGCCUUAACAAUCACUUUCGCUCACAAGAACCUAUCGGAAACAGAGCUAGUCUCCGUGCCGCCGGAAGCAGAGGAUGUCGCCGGAAAGUUUCCGUCAUAUGCCGGCGUUUACGCCGUUUACGACCAGAACGACGAGCUUCAGUUCAUUGGCAUAUCACGGGAUAUUGCGGCGAGCGUUACGAUUCACCGGAAAUCGGUUCCGGAGCUCUGCUGCUCCGUCAAGGUCGGGGUAGUGGAUGAUCCUGAAAGAACAGCUCUUACCCAAGCUUGGAAAUCAUGGAUGGAAGAACACAUAAAAGCCACUGGAAAGGUCCCACCAGGCAAUGAAACAGGAAACACCACCUGGGUCCGGCAGCCGCCAAAGAAGAAGGCUGAUCUUCGGCUGACACCUGGCCGUCAUGUCGAACUCACGGUCCCUUUGGAGGAACUCAUCGAUAAGUUGGUAAAGGAGAGCAAGGUGGUAGCCUUUAUCAAGGGCUCAAGAAGUGCACCGCUUUGUGGAUUCUCGCAGAGGGUGGUUGGCAUCCUUGAAAGCGAGGGGGUGAAUUAUGAAACUGUUGAUGUCCUGGAUGAAGAGUAUAAUUAUGGAUUAAGGGAGACACUGAAGAAGUAUAGUAACUGGCCCACAUUCCCGCAGAUCUUUGUGAAUGGUGAAUUGGUUGGGGGUUGCGAUAUUCUGACAUCCAUGUAUGAGAAGGGUGAACUUGCUAGUUUGUUCAAGAAGUAAUUGCUCAAGUCUCUCGGCAAUUGGUCUUCUUGUAGAAGGGGAUAGUGUAGAAGAACAAGUCUCUCGGCAUGGAACCAUGUAUGCGGUAGUUGAGGUCAGUGUCUGUUUAAUUGUACUAAACAAUUUGGCGUAUCUCAGGCACAAACAAUAAAAUCUUUGAUGCAAAAAUAAAGGCUUUAUCAGUUUCCCACGACA